AAAAGGAGGCGAGCAGCGCUGAGCGCUUCACUCGGCACAUCUGCCUCUGUUCAAGCGGACUGGAUCCAUACCGGUGACACUGUAGCACCGAACUGAACUGAACCGGGACAUUUUAACUCUUAAUGAGACACUUUAUUGAUUUUGGACACAUUACCACAUUACAAGAUCUUGAGUUUUGCAGAUGAGAGGAAAAGACAUGCUCUGCCUACGUGACUCAAGCGAUUGCUUGCGGGAGCAGAUGCAGUAUAUGAUGAGGUCACUGCAAGACCUAAAACAACUGAGAAAAACCUGCCCUGCAGCCAGACGCCCCCUCGCUCCCAUCAGUACCCAACUCCCAGCUUUAGUGCGGCACUCCGCGGUGGCACGUGCUUGUCAGCAGCGAGCAUUGCAAAGAGAACAACGCACACGGCUGCGGAUGUCCGAUGCCAGCACGGCCAGCACCUACGACUCCGCCUGCUGCCUGGCGAGUCCUCUGGAGGAGGAUGAGGACGAUGACAGCCGGCUGAGCCUCAGGUUGGGCCUAGGCUCUCCCAGCAGUCAGAAAAGUUUGGAGUUUGAUUCAGGCUACUCUGAAGCAUCGUGGCAAGAUGAAGGGGUGGUUCUCAGGAGGACGAGGAACGUGCGGGUGUCCUCGUCAGCCUGCCUCCGCACAAACAGAGCCCCAAGUGGACGUAUUCGACCCAAAUCCACAUCUGACGCCUGUCUGGAGAGGUGGACAUCGUUUGCGGUCAACGACCCAGAGGACUGGACAAACUCUUUACUGACCAGAGGACGCAACCGCCAGCCUCUGGUUCUCGGUGAUAACAGCUUUGCAGACCUCAUACAGAACUGGAUGGACUUGCCAGAUUGUCCUGAGCCCGCUGAGCUGAAACCAAAUUCAAGACAGAGAAUGGGAAGAGGUUUCUUUGUCAACAUGAGGAGGAAAUUGGCUGGGUUUUCUAAGAGCGUAGAGGACAGAGUGAGAAUGAGAUCCACAGACUCCGCUCGUGUUAACAGAGCGACAAAUGCUCCAAAACGUCUGUCCUGUCCAGUUGUGGCAUCACAAGCCAAAGCCCCUUUUUUCCACCAGUCUCACACAGGCAUUAAUGAACUUGACACAGAUUUUUAUCACUUUGCGGCCCUCAUGAAAUCAGGCAGCCGGCAGCCAAUAAUCUGCAAAGAUAUCAUUGGCUACAUCUGACUUUUCAUGCAAACCCAUGUACAGACUGGACAAUCAAAGUCACUUUAUUUUUAUAUGACUGUUUUUUUUUUCACUUUUUAUAUGCUGUGACUAAGCUAAAGGAAAUAAAGAUGUUCUCAUAAUUUAAA